UUCUGUGACGUCAAUUGUCAGCGACCGGCAAAUGACAGAAGCACGUCCUCAUGUCCAGCAUGCGUCUGAUGUUCUGAACAGUUAAAAUAUUUUGGAGAUUUUCAAGAUGGAUGUGCAAUUAAACGGGAAAAAUGAUUACGGGUUUGGAAUAGAAGUAGUUCUUCUAGAAGGGGAUACAAAGGCACCGUCUUGUCCUCAUGGUCCAACGCUGUUGUUUGAAAAAGCCAGCAAAGGAGAGGAGAAAGGCAGAAGGUUCUAUGCUUGUUCAGCUUGCAGGGACCGAAAAGACUGUAACUUUUUUCAGUGGGAAGAUGAAAAGGUAUCGGAGACCAGGCUUUUGGCAAGAGAGUCAGAGAACCAGUCUAAGAAGCCACUUUUCACCCAUAGACAGUACUGUUCCAGGUUCAAGGUGUUCAAAUCCUUGCGCGAGGACCAGAGAAGGCUGUGCCAGGAGUGUGACCUCCUGCUGGUGCCUGAGGAAAGAGGCGCCCACAUCGGCCACAAGGCGCCUGCUGAUGACAUCACAGACGCCCAGCUGCAGAGACCCAGCACGCUACUGCGUCCGCUGGAGAACAAGAAGAGUAACGCCCAGUACCUGUUCACCGACCGCAGCAGCCACUUCCUGUUGGACACCCUGGCUGGCCGGGGCUUCCAGAAGGUGCUCUGUGUGGGCACGCCCAGACUCCAUGAACUUAUAAAACAGAGAAAUCUAGAAGGGAAGAGUAAGCCUAUGAAGAGUCUACUACUGGACAUCGAUUUCAGAUACGCCCAGUUCUACGGCCAGGAUGAAUUCUGCCACUACAACAUGUUCAACCACCACUUCUUUGGUGGAGAGGCGGCCAGGGCCGUGCUGCAGGCGUUCCUCGGCGAGGGCGCGGACGGGGAGCGGGUGGUGAUGGUGUCCGACCCUCCUUUCGGAGGCCUGGUGAAGCCUCUGGCCCACAGCUUCUCCUCCAUCGCCAGCACCUGGCAGAGCCUGCAGACCACGGGGGGCAGCGACAAGGAGAUGCCGACGAUCUGGAUCUUUCCUUACUUCUUUGAGCCCCGCAUCUUAGAAUGCUUCCCGUCCUUCGUCAUGCUGGACUACCAGGUGGACUACGACAACCACCCCCUUUACAAACACGGGAAGACUGGCCGGAAACAGUCCCCUGUCCGGCUGUUCACCAACCUGGCGCCCCGAGACAUCGUCCUGCCUAAGGAGGAGGGAUACAGGUUCUGCGCCAUGUGCCAGAGGUACGUGAGCUCCCAGAACAGGCACUGCUCCCAGUGUAACGUCUGCCCCUCCAAGGACGGCCGGGAGUGGAGACACUGCUCCGAGUGUCAGAAGUGCUUCAAGCCCUCGUGGAGGCACUGCACAUCCUGCGGCCGCUGCGCGCUCCCGGACCACCCUUGUGGGCGGAGCCAGGGAGGGAAGCAGGAGGGCUGCUUCAACUGUGGCAGCCCGGCGCACAAACGCAGGGCGUGCCCGCUCGCAGACGCGCAGAGGAGCCACAAGAGUAAAACCAAGGCUAAGAAAGGCAGCACUAACCAGCGACCUCCCAAACCAAAGAGGAUGUCUGGAGCUGCCCGCAGAGCCCUGAAGAAGACGGCACUGGUCACAUGACCUAACUGUCACGCCACGCAUCUGGAUUCAAGAUUGUUUUCAUGAAUAAAAGUCACAAAGUUCAA